AUGAGGGGGGGAUUGUGGCAGCUUGGGCAAUCAAUCACCCGCCGACUUGGCCAUGGUGAUAAGAAGGCUGUUGCUCGUCGAUUUUUCGCCUCUGAAGCUGAGCUGAAAAAGACAGUUCUAUAUGAUUUCCAUAUCGCUAAUAGUGGGAAGAUGGUGCCAUUUGCUGGAUGGAGCAUGCCAAUCCAAUACAAGGAUUCAAUCAUGGACUCAACAAUAAACUGUAGAGAGAAUGGCAGCCUUUUCGAUGUUUCCCAUAUGUGUGGGCUAAGCCUGAAGGGAAAGGACUGUGUUCCAUUCCUUGAAAAGCUUGUCAUUGCUGAUGUUGCUGGGCUUACCCCGGGAACUGGAUCUUUGACUGUUUUCACAAAUGAGAAAGGAGGGGCGAUCGACGACUCAGUUAUUACCAAGGUGAAGGAUGAUCACAUAUACUUGGUUGUGAAUGCUGGCUGUAGAGAUAAGGAUCUGGCUCAUAUUGAGGAGCAUAUGAAGGCAUUCAAGGCCAAAGGUGGUGAUGUGUCGUGGCACAUCCAUGAUGAGAGAUCCCUUCUUGCUCUGCAGGGUCCUCUUGCUGCUCCUGUUCUUCAACAUCUGACAAAAGAGGAUUUAAGCAAGUUGUACUUUGGGAUGUUCACUGUGAUAGACAUCAAUGGCUCACAGUGUUUUCUCACCCGCACAGGGUAUACUGGGGAAGAUGGUUUUGAGAUCUCAGUUCCGUCAGAGAACGCAGUCGAUCUUGCCAAGGCAAUCCUGGAAAAAUCCGAAGGGAAAAUAAGACUGACCGGAUUGGGUGCUCGAGACAGUCUGCGACUUGAAGCCGGAUUAUGUCUCUAUGGUAACGACAUGGAGCAACACAUUACACCUGUUGAGGCAGGACUCACAUGGGCCAUUGGUAAGAGAAGAAGAGCUGAGGGUGGUUUUCUUGGAGCUCAGUUUAUACUGAAACAGCUUGAGGAAGGUCCUAAGAUCAGACGUGUUGGUUUCUUUUCUACCGGACCACCUCCUAGAAGCCACAGCGAGAUUCAAGAUGAAGGCGGCAACAACAUCGGAGAAAUCACCAGUGGUGGAUUCAGCCCUUGCCUCAAGAAGAACAUAGCGAUGGGAUAUGUGAAAUCAGGAUUGCACAAGGCAGGAACCAAAGUAAAGAUCAUUAUCCGAGGGAAAGCCAAUGAAGGGGUUGUUACAAAAAUGCCUUUUGUACCAACCAAAUACUACAAGCCCUCCUAAUUAACCUUGGAUCACUUUGAACAUUUCAUUCCACAUACCCUCUUGACCAGUUUUUCCUUAAUCUGAAUGUUCAACUUUUAUGACACUCUCCCUACUCAUAUCAAGUACAAGGAGAAUGAUUGAUUUGCUUUGAUGACUCUUUCAUUUAAAACAUGUAUGAUAGUUGAAUUCAACC